AUGGCGGUCCCCAUCAACGCAGUGCCUUCGCACAAUGUCGAGAAAGUUAUGUACUCGGCCACAGUACACACGACCGAAAAAACUCUGAAAAGCCUCGACGAGGCGUACGACUUCUUAUGCUCUCACGACGCCAAUCGCGACGCGGCGGAUCUUGAUAUCAAGCGCAUCCGGAGGAAGAUUGACUACUGGAUACUUCCCAUAUUCUACCUGAACUACUUGCUACAGUUCCUGGAUAAAUCAUUGCUGGGUUAUGCCAUCAUUAUGGGGCUGGAAAAGGACCUCGGAUUGAAAGGCAACGAGCUCAACAAUAUCGCCUCUUCGCUAUGGUGGGCGUACCUCGUGGCGUCUGCAUUCGUGGGCCCAGUACUUAACAAAGUCCCCAUCGCCCGAUUCCUGGCAUUCUGUUUGACCUGCUGGGGCAUCGUCAUCUCCUGUACCGCUGCUGUGCAGGGCUUUGGAGGAAUGAUGGGCAUACGAGUCCUGAUGGGGGUCUUCGAUGCUGCCAUCCCGCCGGCUUUGAUGCUUCUUACCAGUCAGUACUACCGCAAGGACGAGGCUGCCCUCCGCUUCGAGCUUUGGUUCACGGCAGCUGGUAGUGGACUCGUGUUUGGUGGAUUCAUCUCUUUUGGCUUCCAAUUUGUCCACACUGCAGGCCUAGAGGGCUGGCGCAUCAUGUUCCUCGUGCUCGGUGUCGUGAGCGUUUUGCUUGGCCUGGUGACUUGGUGGCUACUUCCUGAUACACCCAUGAACGCUCGUUUCCUCACCGACGCCGAGAAGACGGCUGUGAUACAGUAUGUCGCGGUCAAUCAGACGGGAGUCUCGAGCCACAAAUUCGAACGAUCUCACAUUAUCGCCGCCCUUACUGAUCCACAGAUCUGGCUUCUUACUAUUGGAAACAUCGUCGUGUCUACGGGUGCUGGCAUUCUUGGCAUAUACGGCGUGACCCUCAUUCGCAGCUUUGGCUUCACGUCGAAAGAGGCAGCGCUAUUGACUGCCCCAGCUGGAGCCAUUGCAGUGAUCCUGAGCAUUCUGGCCGCCUUCACCCUUCGAUAUAGGUGGAUGCCUCGCUGGGCGGUGGCAAUGACUGGCUACGGACUGUCCCUUCUUGGAUCUUGUCUAGUGGCCUUCUUGCCCAAGUCGAACAGAGCAGGCAAUUUGAUCGGCAUGUGGAUGGUUGCUUGCAGCAUACCCACGAUUGCCCUGAAAUAUCACUGGAUAACCGCCAAUGUCGCCGGACACACGAAACGAAGCAUCGCAACGGCUUCAGUGAGCGCAGCUACUGCCAUUGGAAACAUCAUUGGCCCAUAUGCUGUGCAGAAGAACGACGCUCCAUCCUAUCAGCCUGCUAGACUCACUCUGGUGGCCGUCAAGGCAGGCGCGAUUGUUCUGAUAGGGGCACUUGCUAUUUACUACUGGUGCGCCAAUCGCAGUCGAGAUAGAGUGUUUGGCCCUCCUCCGACGCAGGAGGAUGAUAGUCUGUCGGAAGCGUCGGUCAGGAGUGAUGUCUGGGCCAACCUCACUGACAAGGAGAGGAAGACGUUUCGGUACGUCUUGUGA